AUGGCCAGCCAUCUGAAGCCAUUCCAGCUCCUGGAGAUCAACAUCAUCUCGGCGCAGGACCUGGAGCAGGUGUCGCGGAAGAUGCGAACCUACGCCACCGCCUGGGUGCACCCCAAGCGGAAGCUCUUGACGAGCGUCGACUCGCAGGGCCACAACAACCCCACCUGGAACGACAAGUUCGUCUUCCGGGUGGACGAGGAGUUCCUCCGCUGCGACACCUCCGCCGUCAUGAUCGAGAUCCACGCAGCCCACUGGUUCCGAGACGCCCUCGUCGGCAGCGUUCGCGUCCUCGUCGGCAACCUCUUCCCGCCCACCCGCCCCCGCCCCCACAACCACCAUGUUGGAAUGCGCUUCGCCGCCCUCCAAGUCCGCCGCCCCUCCGGCCGCCCCCAGGGCAUUCUCAACAUCGGAGUCACCGUCCUCGACAGCUCCAUGCGGAGCAUGCCGCUCUACACCCUCGCUGCCUCCGCCGUCGGGUACCGCGAUCUGAUACAGGAGGGCCAUCCACACGGCCACGGAGGACACGACGACUCCGGCCCCGGCAUUUACCCGCCGAUGAAGUCCGUCCUCUUCCGGUCCCGAAGCGAACGCAGCUUCGCAUUCGACGAUCAUUCUGUCGCCAACGGUUCGGUGAUCAGCGUUUCACAGAAUAAGCCCUUCGCCGGCAAGGCCAGCUCGGUGAUCAGCAUUUCGGAGGUUGGAUUCCCAGCAACGAACGAGAAGACGGUGAAGAAAGGCAAGGCGAGCUCGAUCAUCGGCGGCGCGGAAUUCAUAGAAACGCCAAAAGAUAAAGGCUAUUGGCCUGUGUCAAACAAACUAAAAAUUGCAUACCGAACAGAAUAG